AAUAUAAAUAAAAAUUACUCUCAUAAAAUGUUUCACCGUACAUUUGGAAAAUAAAAAAUUCUUAAGUAACAUGGGAGCCAGUUCAAGUAUUCCAGAAACUAUCACUGUAGAAAACCCAAAUCCACCUCCACCACCUAUGCAACUGACAGAAGAAGUUAUUCAUCGUAUAACUGACUUGAACGAUGACAAGAAAGAAGAAAGAUUGAGGCGUACAGAACCACUUCGAAGGAGAUCAAGAAGUUCACUUUAUGAGAAAAUGUCUGAUUUGGAAGAGAUACAAUUCCGUGAGACCUAUAAGAAGUUGGAAGAAAAAAUUAAUAAACCAAUGUUCUGGGCUGGAAAAGUUAGAAAUCAAAUUGAUGAAAUGCGUGCUGAGCUCAUUAAAUGCAACAAAGAAAAUCCGCAUCAGUCACUGGUUUGCAAUGACAUUGCAGAACGCUAUCAAAAUUUUGUGUUCAAUGAGUUUUACAAGAGCAUACAGGAACAAAGACCGGCUACAAAGCCAAAUUUUCAUUUGGUUGAUAUACACAAAUUAGAUGGUGAGGAAGACCAGUUGAAUGCUGAUGAUGAAACUGUUGCAGACAGUGAAUCUGAGGAUAAAAAUCAGAGCGAAAAUGAAAAAGUGGAUGAGAAAGUGGAUGGAGACCCGAAACCAGAAGAAGAGAGUGAAAAAGAAGAUAAAAAUGAAAAAGAAAAUAAAAGUGAGAAGGAAGAUAAAAGUGAAAGUGAAGCAAAGAGUUCUGAUGAAAGUGUUGCUAAAGAUGGACAAAAAGUGGAAAAAGAAGUCACAGAGAAAACGGAUGCAACAGAAAAACAAGAUAAUGCACCAAAAAGCGACGAUGCAUCGAAACAGUAAAGUCGAAAAUUUAACAUGUAUAUAUUUGUGUUUUAAUUUUUUUAAUUUAUAAUCUAUUAAAAUUUUUAACAACAAUG